AUGUAUUUGUUGCUGAAACUGGCCCGCAAGGCAGUUAUCCAAGCAGAGGGCACCGGUCUCCUUGGUUCACGAGUUUUUAACGAUUUGAUCAGAGUGAGUAGAUUUUGGAUUUAUCAAAAACGUCGGAGAAUUUUGGCUGAAGCAAGCGUGAUUUAUCAUUGACA